UCUCUCUAAUACAACAACCUUUUUCUCUCUCUAUCCUUAAAGCCAAACCAAACCCUUAAUAAACCCCACCCAUUUUGGCCUGCAAUUUUCCAUUUAUGAAUGCCAUUUUCCUUUCAUCCAUUCCUUGAACUUUCCACCACCGCACAAAGACAGAUAAAGAUUAAUCAUACAUAUAGGAAGAUCUGCUUAGUAAUAAUAGAAAACCCAAGAAAUUUUCAUAGAUAUUAAUGGCUGUUGAAACUCGGCACCUGACUCUUUUUCCUCCGCAGAUUCUUAGCAAUAAAGAAAUGGCGAUGAAUGGUAUUGAAGGGAAUGGGAACAUGUAUAGUACUGCUUUUGAAUACGGAAUGGUGGCUCCGUUAUCUGGAACUACGACGGUGACGGAGACUGUGCUUCCGAUAUAUGGUUCAAUGAUUAGUGAUUCGGCUCCUGUGAAGACUGUUACAAUGAAAUCGGACAGUGGUCGCACGUAUGCGGUUCCUAUUUCUAGAAAGCGUUCAAGAGAUGAAAUCAAUCUUCAGAAUGCAAAUAACCGUUUCGGUUCCUUCACUUUUCUUGGGGAAGAUAUUUCUUUUCAGAUUCAACAACAGCAAUCAGAAUUCGAUAGAUUUAUUGCUCAACACAUGGAUAAAGUGAGGAUGGAAAUUGAAGACAGGCGGAAGAGAUAUUCUCAGAUAUUAGCGGUGGCAGUUGAAGAAAACAUAAUGAAAAAACUGAAAUCCAAGGAGGAAGAAGUUGAGAAGAUUGGAAGAUUAAAUUGGGCGUUAGAAGAGCGAGUGAAGUCUCUCUGUGUGGAGAAUCAAAUAUGGCGAGAUUUAGCUCAGACAAAUGAAGCCACAGCAAAGGCCUUGAGAUGCCAUCUCGAACAAGUCCUCACUCAAGUUAAGGACGAAAAACAACAGCGCCACUGCGUCGACGACGCUCAGUCAUGCUGCGGCAGCAACUUCGACGAAAUCGACCGACGCGAGUGCUCCUCACGUGAAUUUGUCAACAACCCUGUAGUGAACAACAAGAACAGGAUGUGCAGGCGUUGUGGAAAAGAGGAAUCAUGCGUGUUGCUUCUGCCAUGCCGGCAUCUCUGUCUCUGCACUGUUUGUGGAUCGUCCCUCCAUACUUGCCCCAUAUGUAACUCCACCAAAAACGCCAGUGUCCACAUUAAUCUUUCCUCCUGAAAUUCAGAUACUCCUUUUCAGCUAUUCCAAUAAAAAUCACAAAGACGUUAUCAGUAACAUUUCAAAUCUUCAUCUUUUUUCCAUUUAAUUCAUCUCUGUAAUUAAUCUCGAUAUUCAACAAGUUUUUAUCAGAAUCGUUGAUUACUUGAUUUUGUGUUAAGUUUUGGCGGGGACGCAAGUUAGCACAUUACAAGCGCAAGUUAGCAGAAUAGGUAGGUCAAGCGUGUAGGAUUGUGUGAAGUCAACUUUGGGGACGAAAGUAAAAAUGUGAAGAAAAAAAAAAGGGUGUCCUGCGAGCUAAUGUUGCGUUUUACUGUUUACUUUAUGAAAAGUGAGUUUAUGAAGCUAAGAAA